AUGGGUGUUAUUGCUGUUGAAACUCGUACAGUUGAAUUAGAACAACCAGCUGAUCCAGCUAAUUUUGAUUCGGAUGCACGUACUAUUCAGCAAGCUGGUCAAGUAUGGUUUCCUGAUUCAGCAUUUAAAACAGCACAAGCAAUUAAUGAUUUCAAACGUGAAAAUUUACCAUUAAUGAUAUUUGCUAAUUGGCGUGGUUUUAGUGGUGGAAUGAAAGAUAUGUAUGAUCAAAUAAUUAAAUUUGGCGCUUAUAUUGUUGAUGCUUUACGUACAUAUAAUCAACCUGUAUUCAUUUAUAUUCCACCAAAUGGUGAAUUACGUGGUGGAGCAUGGGUUGUUGUUGAUCCAACAAUUAAUUUACGUUGUAUGGAAAUGUAUGCUGAUCGUAUGAGUCGUGGUGGUGUACUUGAACCUGAAGGUACUGUUGAAAUAAAAUAUCGUACUAAAGAUCUCAUACGUACAAUACAUCGACUUGAUCAUAUUUGUCGAGAAUUAGUAAUAAAUAUAAGUUUAUGUACAACAACAACAAAUACAAUGAAAGAAGAUUUAGAAAGACAAUUAGUUGAAAGAGAAAAACAUUUAUUACCAAUGUAUCAACAAGCUGCUGUUAUGUUCUGUGAUUUACAUGAUACACCAGGUAGAAUGUUAGAAAAAGGUGUUAUUCGAGAAAUUCUUGAUUGGCGAACAAGUCGAGAAUUUUUUUAUUGGCGUUUAAAACGUCGUUUAGAAGAAGAUAAUGCAAUUAAAACUAUUUUAACUGCUAAUCCAUCAUUAGAUUAUCAUGAUGGAUUAAAUUAUCUUCAACAAUGGUUUAGUGAAGAUAAACAAGAUGAUACACUUCAAUGGACAAAAGAUAGAAUGGUCGUUCAAUGGCUCGAUGAAUUUAGUAGUUCUUCAUUAAUUAAUAAUCGCAUUAAAAAUCUACAAAAACAACAUGCUCUUGAACAUAUUAAUCGAAUAUUCCAAAUGCAUCCUGCUCUUUUAUCAGAUAUAAUCGAACAAUUGAAUGAUGAGCAACGUCGCGAAUUAAUUCAAAUUUUGAAUAGUAAAAAUAAUUAG